GAAAUCUAGUUAAACAGAAUUGUCGUUUGGAUAAUUUUCUCAGCAAACUUUUGUCAACACGUGAAAAUUAAAUUAAGAAAUUGACUCUCUGAAAUUAUGGGAGUUCCAGCGUUUUUCCGCUGGUUGAGUAGAAAAUAUGCAUCAAUUGUUGUCCACUGUGUCGAGGAAAAGCCAAAAGAGGUUGAUGGCGUCAAAAUACCAGUAGACACCAGUCAAAAGAAUCCUAAUGAUGUUGAGUUUGAUAAUCUAUAUUUGGAUAUGAAUGGUAUCAUUCAUCCAUGUUGUCAUCCUGAGGACAAACCGGCACCCAAGAAUGAAGAUGAGAUGAUGGUAUUGAUAUUUGAAUAUAUAGACAGAAUCUUUGCUGUAGUGAGACCACGAAGAGUUCUCUACAUGGCUAUUGAUGGAGUGGCUCCUAGAGCUAAGAUGAAUCAACAGAGAUCUAGAAGAUUCCGAGCAUCAAAAGAAAGCUAUGAAACAGCUGAAGAGAUAAGUAAACUACGAGCUGAACUUACAGCUAAAGGUUGUCAUCUACCUCCAGAAAAAAAAGUAGAAGAGAAAUUUGACAGUAAUUGUAUCACUCCUGGAACACCAUUUAUGUUCCGGUUAGCUAAAUGUUUACGAUAUUAUAUUCAUGAUAGAAUAAACACUGAUCCAGGUUGGGCUAAUAUUAAAGUUAUUCUGUCAGAUGCUAAUGUACCAGGUGAAGGAGAACAUAAAAUUAUGGACUUCAUCAGAAAACAAAGAGGUCAACCAGAUCAUGACCCCAACACACAUCAUUGUUUAUGUGGAGCUGAUGCUGAUUUAAUUAUGUUAGGUCUAGCUACACAUGAACCUAAUUUUACAAUUAUACGAGAAGAGUUUAAACCUAAUCAAGCUAGACCAUGUCCACUGUGUUCACAAGUUGGUCACGAAUUAAAGGAUUGUUGUGGCAUACCUAAAGAAUUAGCUGAGAGUGAUGCACCACCAGUAAUGGGUUCAGAAGUAGAGUUUAUUUUCCUCAGAUUAAAUAUACUUCGUGAAUAUUUAGAAAAAGAGCUGGAAAUGACAAAUUUACCUUUUAAAUAUGAAUUUGAGAGAGCUUUAGAUGAUUGGGUUUUUAUGUGUUUUUUUGUUGGAAAUGAUUUUUUACCACAUUUACCUUCUUUAGAAAUCAGGGAGGGUGCAAUAGAUCGUUUAGUUAAAUUAUACAAAAAUGCAGUUUAUAAAACAGGGGGAUAUUUAACAGAUAGUGGGGUAGUUAGUUUACCUAGAGUACAAGUUGUCAUGUCAGCUUUAGGAGAAGUAGAAGAUGAAAUAUUCAAAAAAAGAAGAGAUACAGAGUUGGAUUUUAGACGGAGAAAUAAACAGAAACGACAGAGAAUGAGAGAUCAAAAGACAGGAAAUCGUCCAAGAUGGGAACAAGGUGGUCAGUAUGCUCCGCAGCCUGUUGGUAGAAAUGUGGCAGCAAUAUCUAAUCCUAAACAGACAAUACAUGAUAUGAGAAAACAAUCUUAUCAAACAGAAAGAGAUUCGUCUAAUCAAUCGGCUGCUGCAGCUUUAAAAGCAGACAUGGGAAACGGGUCUGAAUCACGUGGUGUUAAACGUCCUUCAGAAAAACAGGGUCCAGCAGAUGAGGAUUCUGAUCCCGAACCAGAAGAUAACGUGAAGUUAUGGGAGGAUGGUUGGAAGGAUAGAUAUUAUCAAAAGAAAUUUGAAGUAGAUGAUUCAGAUAUAGACUUCAGACACACUGUAGCUAACCAUUAUGUAACUGGGUUAUGUUGGGUUUUACGUUAUUAUUAUCAGGGUUGUGCAUCAUGGAAAUGGUAUUUUCCCUAUCAUUAUGCACCAUUUGCAUCAGAUUUUGUAAAUAUUGGUGAUCUACCAAAUGACUUCGAAAGAAAUACAGAACCUUUUAAACCACUAGAACAAUUAAUGGGGGUAUUUCCUGCAGCCAGUAAACAACAUUUACCAGAAACAUGGCAGACACUCAUGUAUGAUCCUGAAUCGCCUAUUAUUGAUUUUUAUCCAGUAGAUUUUAAGAUAGAUUUAAAUGGUAAAAAGUAUGCUUGGCAAGGUGUAGCGUUAUUACCGUUUGUUGAUGAGAAGAGAUUAUUAUCGGCUUUAUCUACCGUGUAUCCUGAUCUUACAAAGGGUGAACGUAAAAGAAAUACCCGAGGAUCAGAUAAAUUAUUUGUUGGUCAGAAAUCACCUGCUUAUGCAUUUUUUGAAGAAAUGUAUAAUGGCAAUAAACCUUCUGAUUGGAUAGAAUUAAACACCAAGUUAGCACAAGGUAUGGGUGGUACUUUGUUACCUGAUGAAGAUGUUGUUUUACCUGGACAGAGAUUUGUUUCUCCCUUAGGAGCUUUACCCCACUUAAUGGAUAAUCGUUGUUUAUGUGUACAGUAUAAGGAUCCACAAUACUCACCAGAUCAUCUAUUUAAAGCUGUUCAAUUACCUGGUGCUGUAUUUCCCCCACGAGUACUGAAACCUGCAGAUUUUGAAGCUAGUGCUAGAAGUGGUGAUCGUGGUAGAGGCAGAGGAAGGGGAGGGGGAUUUGGUCGAGGAGGUGGAUUCCGUGGAGGUGGUAGAGAUGGGUAUAGACCACAACUUGGCUUUCAGAGAGAUAGUGGUUAUAGAGAUAAAGAUGUGUCGUCUGCAAUUCGUAUGAUAAGACAUGGUUCCGGUAUGGGUGGUGGUGGAGGCGGUGGUGGAAACUAUAAUCAAGGAGGAUAUAGUGCUUACGGAGGACAAGGUGGAGGAGGAGGAUAUCGAGAUCAAAGUUACGGUGGUGGUGGUGGUGGUAGACAGAACUACAUGCAGGGUAACCAAGGUCAUAGUGGUGGAAGUUCAGCCUAUUCUGCUUAUCGUGGAAAUGAACCAUGGAGGCAAGGAGGAGGAGGAGGAAGUGGUGGUGGUGGAGCAGCAUAUGGUUAUAAUUAUGGAAAUAAUGACAGUAGAGGAGGUGGUAGUCGAGGAGGUCGAGGGAAUAUGGGAGGAUAUGGAGGAGGGUAUCAAGACAACAGACGUGGUGGAUAUGGCGGUGGUAGUGGAGGUGGGGGCGGGGGCAGAGGAGCUCAUAGACGCUUUUGAAGUUGCAGUUCAUCAUCCAUCCAGAUUCAGUCCUUUUGUUGAUAAUUAUUGAGAUAUAUCAACUUCCUUCACAUAACAUUGAACAAGACCUGAAUUAUUUCAGUAUUAUACUUGAAACAGAAUCAAGUUCUUGUGGAUCUGAAUUUUAGAGCUCAACAUUUUAAAGAUAUUUGUUGUAAUUAAUGUUGUGAUUAAAUUAUUCUCCAAAAAAAUAAAAUUUUGUACUUAUUAUUUAAAAACAAUUUAAAUAUGACUUAUUUUUACAUUUAUAUUAAUUUGUCUUCUAAAAGUAAAAGAUCUAUCUCUUGGGUAGUAGAAGUCUAGCUAGCUAACCAUCAUUUGGAGAAAAUAUAUACUUGUUCUGAAGAGAAUUAUAUAAAUUGAACAAGUUGUCUUAUAAAUGAUAUAUCGCAUCUUUUUAGACUUGAGAAUGUGUGAGCAAUGUGCUAACAAGAUAUUCCCUUAGCUCACAUACCAAUGACCUAAUAGUGGAAUAUUCAGUUUUAUAGAUUCAUGAGGCACUGUGGGUCUAUUAUUUUAUUAUUCCCAUUAAUUGGAAUUCUCAUAUUUUCUUAAGUUUUAUAUAUGAUCCAAUUAUCUUCAAAGGAAUAUAUCUUUAUAAAAAUAAGGUAAAAUAUAUUUUAAAAAAAUUGAUUAAUGAACACUGAAUGUAGUUUUACUUUAAAAUAAGUGCAAAAAUUACAUAUCUUUAAUUAAGAUCACUGCUACAUGGUUUAUUCUUCUCUGAAGUCAAAAGAUUAGAUAAUUUCUAUAAUUUGGAAACUUUGUCCUUAACAUUUAGAAAACAACCAUCUUUUUUCUAAAUCUGAAAUGGAAACAUACUGGUUGACAAAUAAAGAUAUUAAUUAUAGAAUUUAUUAUUGUUCUUAAUUGGAGAAUUAAUGUGUAUCUAUUUUAAUUUUUUUAUUUAAAAAAAAAUCUGUUGAACUGUUGAUUUAUGUUAUAGGCUUACAUUUUAUCAUUUCAUAUACACUUUAUACAUGUUUUAGAAGAACUCAUCUGUAUAUAAGAAUCAAAUGAUAGAUACAUUAAAAUCAUUAGUAAUACCAUCA